AUGGAAUUCCUUGAGCUGAAGCAAGGGAAAGACACAGUGGCAGAGUAUGCUACCAAAUUUGAUGCUUUGGUUCGCUAUUGUACUCACUACCAUGGUGAGGGUGGUGAAAAAGCUAAGUGCAUAAAGUUUGUAAAUGGUCUGCGUCUUGAGGUGAAGACUGGAGCGGGAGGUCCUAUGCAUGCUGUAAGUUCUGGUGCUUCGAGUAAGAGUAAACCUUACUCCGCUCUUGCUAAGUUCCAAGGGAAUCAAGUUGCUGCUAGUGGGAGCAAGUCACAUGUUGCAGGAAGUAUGCCUUAUGCUGGAAGAUUUGUGGUGAGUGGCAUAGGGAGUGUUGGAGGCUCUGUUUCUACUCCCAUGAGUCGAUGCAAGAAGUGUGGGCGACGUGGUCACACUAGUUAUGAAUGUCUUGAUAAGGAUGUCACAUGUUUCAAUUAUAGAGGAAAGGGUCACAUCAGCACCCAGUGUCCUAAAGCACCAAGACCACGUGCUACAGGAUUGGAUGUCCAAGUUGAGCGUCCAAAGGCUACUGGGAGAGUAUCUGCUCUUAGCGGUGCUGAAGCCGCUUAG